UUGCGACUAUUGUUCGACGUCGGUCGCUGCCGUGUUGCUUUUCGCGUCUCAAUACUAAUCCGCACUCGAAUGUCUCCCGCGUGCAAUGGUAUGCUUUUGCCGCGCGUUUCCUUUUGGAAAGAGAAGCUUGUUACAUGAAAGCGAACUAAAUCAGUUUUUUGCCAGUUUCGAAUAGCCUUUGUCGUCGGCACUAGUUGUAUCCAGUUGUAUCACUCGACUUCUUCGUUCAGUGGCGUAACGCUACCGUGUUCAUUUGGCCGCGUACGCAGACGCCACGUCUUUUUCGACGACGCGACAAAUUCUCCGUCAUUUAUAACCUCUAACAUUAUAACCUAUGUAAUUAUAACCUCAGACUUGAAACGUCAACAUAGAGCUUGAUAGUAGCACACAGAUGUCCGAUCAUUCGAAUUCGGGCUGAUCGCGUCACUACGUGCGACGCGAUUAUCGUUUGUCGCACGGUCAUCGGUAAGAUGACCGAGAAGAGGUAGGAGGGAGGGGGGUAAAAUUUACGGAUAUAUAUUCGCCGCUGUGUUCGCUGUUAGCCGCGAAUCGCAUAAAUCGUCACGUUCGUCAGAUACCGAAGGGAUACAAAAUCAUUGUGAUUUUUUUUUAGCGAAGUUUCGUCUCAUGAUAUAAUGUACCUGCAGAAGUUCGUUGUUUGUGUGUCCGCGCUGCGUGUUUCAAAAGCAAUUGUCUUGUCGUCAGCGGGAACUGCCGUAAUGUCGGACGAUCGCGAUAAGAACGCACAAUUGCAUACAAAUGUUGAAUAAUUAAUGAACUCUGUCAAAUAAGUAAAUGAUAAAGUUUGUGAAGUACAAUUUGUGUAACAGUGAUUUCAGUGAUCAAAUAAUUUUAAAUACCAAACAAAAUGGAUGUUGCUGGAGAUCUAAAUUUGCAAUGGGUGGGAGAUGUGGAUCUUCAUGAAGAGGUGAUAUGUGGCCUAGAGGCACAGCUAGUUACCUCUGGAGAAGAGGUGAUAGGUGCUUGUGAGGAGGUAGCGGUAGAAGAAACUGUGGAAACUGUCCCUGAUGUAGCACCUACAACAGAAUCUGAGAUAUUGAUGAUACCUCAAACUAAUGAUAUGGAAUCUAUCUACAUAGUACCGCAAGAUCAAGGCCAUGACUAUCUAAACAUACAAGUCACAGAAGAGGUAAUAGCUGACAAUUGGGAUAGACCUCCAGAUGAUGGGGUCGAGAUUCCAGAAGCUAAAAUAACUCAAGACAAUCCACUAGAGUAUGAUGACAUAGAGAUACCACUACCACCCGAUCAGGAUUCGUACCAGAACAUUCGACCGUACCCAUGUGACUUCUGCAAUCGCAGGUUUAGAAAAAAAGUGAAUCUGUCAAAUCAUAUUCUGACGCACCAAACUGAUCGACCGCAUAGUUGUAAUUUGUGCGGAGCACGUUUUGUGCGCAAGUGCGAUCUGAACAACCAUCUAAAGAUCCAUGCGUACGCACCAUCAUCGCGAGAUGGCUUGGAAGAUGAUCUGAACGACGAGGAUUCAUUGGUGGCUGAGGAAGAGGACACUACAACUGGCGCCACUAGGGGCAGACGCAAGAAGGUGCAAUCGAGCGCGCCACGCAAACGAAAGAGUAAUACCACUGGGAUGCCGAAGCGCAAUAAUACAGAGGAUAUCAAACUGGAGAUGGGCAAGUAUGUGUAUAAAUCGCACGACGAUGAAUACACGUACAGCGAGGAUGCACAACUGUUCGAGGACGAUCUGAUCGAUGAUAAUUCUGCACGCAGCGAUAAUUAUGCAUCCAGUUCGAAGUGGCCAAAGAUGUCUGUUACUGGCGAGGAACAUCCAACGCAGUGGCCGGUUACCGAUCCAACCAAGCCGUAUGUUUGCCAGUUUUGCGGCGUCGGAUUUGCUAGGGAAAAAGCGUUGGCUUCGCAUUCUCGUAUCCACGGUGGUGACAGCCCAUUCGAGUGCACUACAUGUGGGGAAAUGUUUUGGGAUGUCAAUAGUCUGCGGGAACAUGUACGUGUCAAACAUGGCGGUAUUUCUCAGUCACCGUCUGAUACAGAAGAGUUUGACAACGAUGGUACAUAUACAGGCGACAAUGAGAGAAUUGGUGAAUUCUAUUGUAAUACUUGUGGCGUACCGUUUCAUCGUCUGGAUCUUCUUAAACGUCAUCAAAAAAUUCACAUCAAGCAAGAAAUAGAGACAAUGGAAGGUUCCAGUCAGCAUCAUGUGUGCAAUGUAUGCGGAGAAUUGUUUGAAGAAGCUUUAGCAUUAUUAGCACACGCUGAACUUCACGCUUCAAGUCGUCGUUGCCUACUAUGCGGAACAAGAUGUCGCGACGAAGCCGAGGUUGCCGAACAUGUAAAACAGAAUCAUGCCGAGGACGCACCACCGAAUACAUGUACGAUGUGCGGAAAAACAUGCAAAGAUAAGCGCAGUUUACUGAAACAUUCGUGGGUUCAUAAUGUUGAAAAGACCUUUAGUUGUACAAAAUGUGGCAAACGCUUCCACAGUAAAGCCAGAUUGCGAAGACAUAUGAUGUCGCACCGUAACAAAAUGGUAGCUUGCGAUGAGUGCGGUGAAGAAUUCCCUGACGGACGAGCUCUCGUAAGCCAUCGUCAUUCGCAUAAUAAGGAGUUGGGCGGUCGUUCUUUCCCGUGUCGUGAGUGUGGAAAGACUUUUGGCAGUCGCAGCUCACAACAGAUUCACAUACGUAUUCACACAGGCGAAAGACCGUACGGUUGUCGAUUCUGUUGGAAAGCAUUUGCUGAUGGCGGCACUUUGAGAAAACACGAACGUAUCCACACUGGCGAAAAACCGUAUGGAUGCGCUAUUUGCCCUCGGGCUUUCAAUCAAAGAGUGGUACUCCGAGAACACGUGCGGGCUCAUCAUUCUGGUCCAGAUCCGAAGUGUGUAGGAAGCGCGACGCCAUAUUUAUGUAAAGUAUGCAGUGAGUCUUUCGCCACACCUGAGGAAAUAGUGCUGCAUAUAGUACAGCAUUGCGACCACAAUACUGCAUUAAGACGCCAGCCGCAAACUGGGCCCCGCAAGUAUAAGAGAAGACGUAAGCUAAAACCUCAUGAAACAAAUACUAUGGUGCGUAGGAACGAAUUUACAUACGAUAUGACAGAAGCCGAUAACGGAGCCAUCGCUACAGCUAAUGCCAGCAAUACUGGUGCAGGCGUUAGUGGUGGCGGCGGCGGUGGCGGAAGUGGUGUCGGUGGCAGCAGCGGCGUUGGUGGCGGCGGUGGUGGUUCUGACUCUGAAGACAAUACAAAACGAAAACUUGGCAAGAAAAAUAAACAGAGAUCGAACGUUGAAGAAGGUUACCAGAAUGUGUUGAAGAGCUUUGAGAGCUCGUUACAGAACAUAAACUCGAUCGUAAGCAAUUCUAAGUUAAAUGCGUCUAAGUCAAAAGUCUCGAAAAAGAAACUGCGUAAAGAAGAUAAGAAGCAAGAGGCGCAAACAUCAAAUCAGUCAGGUCGACCCAAGAUGAUACACACGCAAAAGACACGAGUGCCAGUUGAGUUGGGCAGCGACGGCGCGAAAAAGGGUCAGAAGACGAAAACGAUGGUGACGCGAACGCCGAAAGUGAUGCCAAAUGAGCACAAAUCCGGUGCCUUUCCGGGCGGCGAACGUAAUCGGCCGCGCACAAAAAACGUUAGUUAUCAUAUCGAAGGUAAGAUGCUACUCACGCCGGCAACAUUCCCGGCGAAAUCAGUGAAAGAAGAAGCGCUUUUAACACAAUCGUCGCAGCAAAUGAUAAUUAAUAUCAAGCAAGAACCAGGCAUACAGAAGACUGCUCACGACAGCUAUAAAAACAAUAACGGUAAUAUCGUCGGUAAAAAUCAAGAAUCAACUCCGAAUGUUUCUAAAAGGAAGUCGUCGGUUGCAAAGAAGCCGAAAAGACAGAAACAGGUUACAGUGAAGCAAGAAGUAAAUAUGUCAGUUGAAGCAAAUACAGAGCAGCAACAGUUACAGUUGCAUAACAAUAAUAAUAAUAUCAUGGGAAACAGUGGCGAUUCGACGCAAUUAAUGGAACCUGUGAUGGAUGGCAAUCACUUGGAGGUCGCUUUCGAGGCGAGUGUUGUUACCGCUCAAGAAGAAGAAGAUAAUGCCGACGAGGGAGAUGAGGGACGCAUAUUACGGUCUGACACGACAACGGAAAUAAGUAAUGGCGACGUGAAACUUAGUGUAAAGGUGGAAUCGGCGCCGCCAACGAGAAUGCUUGCUGUACACAGUGUUAUCGCGUCGGUAGACGAUGUUCCGGAAACGAUAAUCCCAGAUGCGGUGGAAUACACGUGCGAAAUGUGCGCUGCGGUGUUUUCCAGUCGAGCCGAGUUAUUAGUGCACGUGCCGAUACACAUUUGAUUUAAUAACUUGUCCGAGCCGAAAAACGGCGCGGAGGUUUAUUCUACUUCCUUAAGCAUAUUUGUUUAAUUGAGUAAAAUAGUAACUUCAUCACGAUCAAUGGAGGUUUGUUAUGUUACGAGAAAUAACGAUCACCAAUUUCUCUUCUUUCACACUAUCACUUCUUCUCCUUUGCUUAGUCAAGUAUUGAGAUUCUUUAACGUCGGCUACUUGUUGCUUUAUCAGACGUACCCUAAGUUUUCGUGUUUUACAUGUUGUGUAUAAUUUUAUCGGCCGUUUUUUAUCUUGAUUAGUACAUAUUUGUGAACUUCUUCUUGCAAUUAUACUACAAAUAAUUCCAAGUUGUCGUUUAGUUUUUCUUUGGUAUUUAGAUUAUGCAAAAAAGAUUGAACAAACUUAAAUCGAAUUAUCAGUGAUGGAAUAAAUAUAAGGUGUACAUGAAUAUCAUUAAAUAUCAUGAUACACAUGAUAUUAAAAUAAAUACAUCUUUCUUAAGCAAAAUUACUUAUUUCAAAAUGCGGAUUGUCGCUAGAUCCCUUUUGUACCAUGUAAGAAACUUCUAUAUACUUGGUCCAAAAUUUAUAAUACGCAACGCGUAAACUAUAACAAAAUUAUAGUUCUACAAUUUUAUACUCGGCAAAUAAUUAAGACAUAUAAUUGAAUCAAAAAAUGAAAUAUAUAACAUACACACACAGAGAGAAAGAAAGAGAGAGAGAUUAAAAGAGAGAAACAGUAGUUUUAUGUAACAUACUAAAUCCAAAUGAAAGAGAAAUAUAAACUCUGAUAUCAGUAUGCUCAGUUAUCGUAUAUAUUUUUAAGACUAGUGGAUACUAAGUAGCCGUAUUGAAUUAUGACGAGACUUAUAUUGAAAUAAAUUAGUGUAAAAACACUAGUUUAUUGCAAUGUAAGUUGCAAGACAACAACUUUAUAUAAUUCCUUUUUUUUUUGUAACUCAAUAUGGCUGGAAUGAGUAUCUAGGAGCCUUAAGCGAAUUUUGCUCGAUACAGUCAAGAUGGAGUAUUCAAUUAGCAUUAUAAGCACUUUUGUUUAGUUUUAUAUGAAUACCACCUUAGAGAAUUGUAAUCUUCGCUAUAACUACAAUUCUUAUUCAUUUCAAUGUUUAUUUUUAUUUAUCCAAAACAACAAAAGUGCAGAAAUCUACAUUUGAAAGAUAUUUAUUUGUCACUGAAAAUAUCUUUCUGAGGAUUACGUUACAAUUAUCGCGAAAAUAAUAUAUUUGUUGCAAAAACUUUAAUAAAAUAGGAUUAAUAAGCGAUUUUGUAAAAAUAAUAAGAUAUAAAGAUACAUAAAUCUUCUCUUAAAGUUAAUGAAAUAAUUACAUAACAUACUGCAUGUAGGAUAUUUGUGUGAAUGUGAAUUUUUAUUUGUAAUAUGCAAUUGAUAUAUAUACACACACACACACACACACAUUUUGGUAUAGUAUAUGUCUUUCGCGAGAAACAUUUUGUCAUCUUUUAAAAUCGUUCUUUGAUCAAGAUACGACUCUAUGAUGUGUAUUAUUUUACAAAAAUAGAAUCAACUUAGAUCUAAGCGUUUAUGUUCAAACAUUAAAUUAAACAAUUAUCGCAAAAGCACCGUCUUUAUUCUUUUACUUUAAAAGUAGGUUUCUUUGUGUUUAGAUCUAACAGAAUUUUACAAAAUUAAUGACUUCAAGAGAAAGUUUUUGUACAUACAUUAUAAAUACGUUCUCAUUAAUAAGUUGUUUUGGUAUUAUUCAAAAACGCGAUAAUAUCAUAUAUUAUA